UUAUUUUGAGACGUAGACAUGGAUAUGCAGAAGAUUUCGCUGUACAUCCUAUUGUUUGUCGCUUAUCUAGAAGAAACGUACGGCUCUGAAGGAUCUGAUAUCAAUGAUGCAGAGAACCAGAUCGUUGUUAAAAACGAUGCAAGGGACGUACACAUACCUUGCUCAAUAAACACGGAAGGUCAGCCCCAGUCGGACCUUGGUUUGUAUUUGUGCCCGACGAUGGCACAAUGCAGAAGUGAUAGGGACAGAUUCAUAAUCGCUCGGAUAGAAAAAAGAACCGUCUUUAAUUAUUACCCUGAGGAGUACAAACUUACCUUAAAUGGAACAUUGAUUGUACGGAAGAUAUCAUCAAAGUAUGACGGAAUGGUGGUCUGGUGCAUUGGACAAAUUCGGUACCAGGGAACGCGAGAAAACACCACUCUUAUUCAAAUAGCGAGAGAGAGGCCCAAAAUUAGGAUAACAAGUCCACAACCAUUCUUGGUGGUCGAAGGAAUGAAUCUGCACCUAGACUGCGAAGCAAUUGGUUUUCCUUCUCCCCGGGUGAUCUGGUUUCGACUUCCUGGCAUGCAAAUGCUUCAGAAUCGAACGAACGAUGAAGCUACAAGUUUAGAGCGAAGAAACAUCACCAAAGAUGACGAAGGAGUCUACAUUUGCACAGCUAAAAAUCCACUAGGAAGUGAUAGCUAUGAAGUGCAAGUAACUGUCAUCGAUUUCCCAAGUUCAACAGUGUCAACUCCAACAAGUACUACUCGCAGAAUUAUUAUGGAUAAACAUGAAAGUCGAGAAGACGAUGCUUACAAAGUGAUCACUUUUGCGUUGUUACCACUCCUGGUACUUGCGACCGUAGGGAGUGUAGUCUUGUUCUGGCGUAGUGCAACUUGUGGACGCUCAAGCCGAGGAAAUAAUUCGCACGAAGUAACGAUUCCUGUAAAUGUUUAA